CCUAACAAACCUAACAUCAGCCUUUAACACAGCCCAGCCUUCUUUCUGUCCAUUGGACGCAACACAGGAUACAGGCUCACACAUUGGCUUGGAUCUCAAAACUCGAGUCAGAGUGAAAAUCUUAAAAAGGGAAGGAAAAGCAUGUCAGGGAAGGAAGCGCUGAAGCCCGUAGGAAAGCACAAUUUGCCACCAGCCUGUAGAGCUUUUUUCUGGCCGCUUCUGUGACAGCUCUAAAGUCCAAACUGCUGACAGAUUCCUGAUUCUUCUUCUUCUUCUUCUUCUUCUUCUUAUUAUUAUUAUUAUUAUUAUUAGUUUGUACAAUUAGCCCUGAGCACAGAAGAAGAUUUAGCCGAGGGGUAGAAACUCCACCUCUACUUGGAUAUACGUUCGAAAUCUGGAUUUUUAGUCGGAGAAGACGCACAUCAGGAGGAAAUUCUUGAAAUUCUCUUCAUCUGCUGCUGCCACUACUGAGCUACACCGGGGAAGGUCAUCAGGUUUAUAACGCAAAACAGACCACAAAGAAGAUGAGCCUCUCACGGAACGGGACGCUGGAGAAAACGAUGUCUGAGCAGGCCCGCUCCGAAGCACGGUUCUCCUCCAGAUCGGGGUCAGGGGUCGUGGUGCCGCCGCCUUACUAUCACAGAGGGAGCGAAGCCGCUGACCCCCCUGUGGAGUUGAGGGGCUCUCUGGACUGCUGGGCGUGCUCCGUGCUGGUCACUGCACAGAAUAUGAUCAUCGCUCUGAUCAAUUUUAGUCUGGCGAGCAUCUUGUUCGGCAUCAUCCUCACCCCUGCGCUGACCAUGAUCAUAUUCGGCUUUCUCUGCCACUCCACAGUGCAGCCCCAUGGAACAUCCCUGUACUGUUCAGAGCUGCUGGACGACACAGCCUGCAUAGCCCUGCUGGUGGUGGGCUUUCUGCUGCUCACCCCUCUGCUGGUCUUGGCGCUGGCGGCCUACUGCCGUCUGGCCCGACACCUCCAGCUGGGCCUGUGCUUCAUCCCCUACAGCCGGGCUGUGUACAAGAACCUGCCCACCCAACGCAAUCAGAAGCAAGGUCCGGGGAGCUGCUUUAGUCAACAGGAUGCAAUGGAGAGACAGGGGAAGGGUAGCAUCUGGGUGUAGAUGAGAGGAGUGGAGAGGAGGAUUGUAUAUGGUUAUAUUAUCAAGUUGCCUGCUUUAUAACGAAAUCUACUUUUAUAUGUCCUUUUUCUGUAGCCAUUGUAAAAAUCCAUCACAUUUAAUCAUUCAUAUUCAUUGUUUAAGAGUCACAAUUGCUUUUUGAUUACAGUUUCAAUGUAUUUAAUUUUUUUACAUUUUUCUUUUCUUUUCCUUUAUACAGUAAAGGUUUUUUUGUACAAUAAAGUGUCACUCAGCUUUUUCUUUUUUUUUACAGAGAAAAAAACCUGCCCCUGAUAGCUCAGUUAACUCAGUGACAUAUACUUUUGGCCAGAUGCAGGAAAAACUCAUGACAUGAGCUACAUAAAAUUUAGUAUGGGCCAGAUGUGGCUCAAAGGGUAUGACCUGAGACUGACUUAGGAUACGGCAAGUGUCUGGGGUCAUAAGUUAGACCUGUGGCUUAGUUGAGGCAGCUAGACUGCAACUCAGCCUCAUUAGUCAAAGCCAAAGGUAGCCCAAAGAAAAUUACAAAUGUGGGCCAAAUGCUGAAUAUGGUGAAGGGGGACAUGCAGAGUGUUGGUGUGGCAGAAGAGGAUGCUAGGGAUGAAACUGAAGAUAGAAUUUAAGAAUGAGGAGAAGACUGGGUAGUGGACAAACUGCCACCAACAACCCACAUAACAAGCUGCUAGAGAGCAAAGAGGGUAUAUGGGGAUGUCAGCUUUUUCACAGGUGAUUGUCUGUUACACUGGACUUCUCACUUGGACAUAAAAAGCCACAUCCCUGCUGUGUCACUGAUGGUAGGAGUACUCUGUUAUUUUUCUUUCUGUUAUUUCUACAACUUGUGAUGCUCUGGUAUAGCCGUGUGAAACACAUUUAUACUAAUAAACUUCAGUAAUAAUUAAAAAAAAGCAAAAG